UCACACCAUAUUGGCUGCCACGCCUCUAUGAAUCUUCAUUCAAGAAGAGAGAGUGAAGAUUUAUGUGCUGGUAAAACAUUUGGUUCUUCUGAGCAUCAAAUUAUGGAGAGACGGGAUGUGGAAAAAAGAGAGAGGCAAAUUCUCCACCUCAUGCAUUGCUAUGUAGCAAAUUCAUUUGAGUUGGUGAGGAAGGAGCAUAAAGCUAUUGAUGAGAAGCAAAAGAAUGUUUCAGAUGAACAUAAAGAAAAUUUGGACCCAGAUAUUGCUAAAUAUUCAGAGGAUUCCAGAAAUCAUAAGAGGAUUUCUAAUUUCUUGUUAUUCUUCUGUGCAUGCUUCUGCAUGCAGAGAAAUAUCGUGCACUGCUUGUGCAAGCAGAUCCCUGGAGAAGUGUUUUCAAACAAGAUCCUUAAACCAUUCCACAUGCAAGACGUAUAUCAUUAUUGUUGGUGGAAUUACAGAUUCAAAGUUACUCCGCAUAUUUUUAGCCUGGGCAGCAUUGUGAUGUCAAAUUGGACCAGAAUGAGAGCUCCAUGUUAUCCUCUUCCAACUUUGUUGAUAAGUUUAUUCAAGAAGGUUAUAUGCCUAAUGGUAGGGGCUUCAUUUUCUGAAUGAAGCAGCCUUGAUCAAUAACUGCACGUAGGGGUGAGCAUUCGAUUCAAAUCGAAUUGAACCAAACUAAACUGAAUUACAUAUUUUAGAAAUUGAAUCAAACCGAAAUAGAUGAAAAAUAGAAUCGAACUGAAUCGCUAUAUUUCAGUUCGAUUCAGUUCAAAUCGAUCGGUUUUAAUUUUUUAUUGAUUUUUUAAUUUAGAUUUGAUUUUCAAGUUAUUUGAUCUAAUUUUGACUUUGGUUUGAACCUAAUAACCAUUAAUCAAUGAAAUUAAACAAUUUAUAUAUAUAUAUAUAUAAUUCAUAAAUUUUUCAUAAAAAUAAAUCAAUUUAAAAAUUAAUUUAUUCGAUUUGAAUAUAUAAAAUUACUAUUCGGUUUUAUUCGAUUUAAUCGAUUUUUUUUCUUUAAAACUGAACCGAAUCGAAAUAAUCAAAAUUUUUAUAAUAUAAAACCUAAUCGCACCAAGUGAAUUUUAAAAUCAAACCGAUUGAAUCAAAUUAAUUCGAUUCGAUUUUUCAAUUUGAACCGAAAUUUGCUCACCCCCUAGCUGCAUGUAUGCUCUGGUACAUCUAGUGCACUUAUGAUGGUGGAUUCAGCAAGUUCGAUGGGUUUUAUUUGGAGGGACGGGAAGGAGGCUCCCCGAGGGUGUCUAAGAGUCGGCCAUGGUAGGUCGCCGCCCUCUUAUGUGGGCCUUGUCUUCUUCUCUCUGCUUCUCCCUCCAUGGUUGUCGAUCGAUGCUGAAAUACUCUAAAUUUCAUGGCUUGUUUGUUGUCCUAAAGGGGUUUACUAGCUUAAGCUGCUUCUGGUUGUGUUGGUUGAGGCCUCCCUCCUUGGUAGACGACUCUAGUUUCUACGAUUUGGAAAAGCUCCAUGGUCGGAUAUUUGAAGUGAGCGACGCUUUUUGAUGAAGAAUCGGGUCUCCUUUAGUUUCUUCGAGUCCCGACCUGUUUUAAAUUAGGGUUACCUAUUAAUGUAUUGGGUCUGCUGGACUUGAAAGUGAGCUUCUUAUUGCAAUGGUAGCUUUUUUAAUAGCUUGUAUUCUUCUUCUGAGUUAACAGGUCAUAGACUUUGUACCAUUUUCUCUAGGCCUUUUAAGGCCAUUUUAAUGAAAUAUUAUCUUUGAAAAAAAAAAUGAUAAAAAGCCA